GGGCAAAGUUGUAUAUUUUCUUGUUAAUUGGAAGUUCGGUCCUUCUUCCCAUAGGCAUAAACCCUAACCUGAACUGCGCAAUGUUGUGGCGCCGCCUCGCCCUUUCCGGGUCCAUUAUUCCGUCCGCACGGCGCGCCGGGGCCGGUUGCCGCUCCUACGGCCUCAUCCCCAUGGUGAUCGAGCACACCUCCAGAGGCGAGCGCGCCUAUGACAUCUUCUCCCGCCUCCUCAAGGAGCGUAUUGUCUGCAUCAACGGCCCUAUCUCCGACGACACGGCCUCUGUCGUCGUCGCGCAGCUUCUGUUCCUCGAGUCCGAAAACCCCGCAAAGCCCAUCCACCUCUACAUCAAUUCUCCUGGGGGUGCUGUCACGGCCGGCCUUGCGAUCUAUGACACCAUGCAAUACAUCCGCUCCCCGGUCUCCACCCUCUGCCUCGGCCAGGCCGCCUCCAUGGGCUCGCUACUGCUUGCGGCUGGUGCCCCUGGAGAACGCCGCGCUCUCCCCUAUUCCCGUGUCAUGAUCCACCAGCCAUCUGGUGGGGCCUCCGGCCAGGCCACUGAAAUUGCCAUCCAUGCCAAGGAGAUUCUCAAAGUCCGUGAGCGCCUCAAUGAGAUCUAUGUCCGCCACACGGGGCAGCCUAUCGAGCGAAUCGAGCACUGCAUGGAGCGUGACAUGUUCAUGUCCCCUGAUGAAGCCAAGGAAUUCGGGCUGGUCGAUGAGGUAAUUACACACCGGCCUUUGGCACUGGUUACUGAUGCUGUACCGGACCAAGAGGCCUCUAACGAAGGAACUAAGAAUGGUAAUGAUGAUGGAAGUGGGGGCAAGGAACAGAAAUGAAGUUUCUAGCAUAUGGCCAGCCACUUUUCUCUUGUUCUCGCCAGCUUAUCUUGGUAACUCUUAUCUUUUUUAUUCCUGUCCUGUUGAUUUUUGAGCAUGGAAAAAUAUUGGAACUAACUAAUAUCUUUGUAAGAGAAGUAUUUGUUUUGAGUACGUAAUCACAUAUUCUGAUUGCAUAGACA